UUUCUUUACGUCUCCCUCGACAUGGCUAAUGUCGAUUGCUUCCCGGAGGAAGUCAAUGUCCUCACGCUGAACUGCUGGGGCAUCCCGUACGUAUCCCAAGCUCGAAUCUAUCGUCUAGAGGAGAUUGGGCGGCACAUCGUUAAAGCCGACCCUCAACCGCAUAUCGUUGGACUUCAAGAAUGUUUCUCGAGGAAGGACUUCGAACGGAUCCAGCAGGAAACACGCAGCAUCUUGCCGUACUCUAAGCAAUACUUCGCCGGACCACUCGGGACGGGACUCGUCCUUCUAUCACGAUGGCCCAUCGAGGAGACUUCGAUGACCCGAUACCCCCUGAAUGGCUCCCCAACCGCUCUCUUCCACGGUGACUGGUACGCGGGCAAAGGCGUUGCCUACGCGAGAAUCCGCUACGGCAAGGAGCCGGACAAUGUAAUCGACAUUUUCAACACGCAUCUACAUGCUUAUUACCCCGGUAACGAGUACGUCUGUCACCGCGUAAGCCAAGCCUGGGAACUAGCCAAGCUCCUACAAGAUGCUUCGCGACGUCGUCACGGUAGGGCUCUGGUUAUCCUCCUCGGCGACUUGAAUGCCGAUCCAACAUCGCUUCCAUACCACAUUCUCAAGAGCUUCGCUCCCGUUAUGCGCGAUACCUGGCUCCAGUACUCCGUCCAGCACAAGCAGAGUCCUAGCGGCGACCAGGGGUUUAGUAGUAAUACGCGGGGAAAAGAUGUCGAUAUCCAGAGCGGAGUCACUUAUGGGUCGCCGUGCAACACGUGGAUGUGGACGCGCGCCCAACGGGCCCGGUAUCUUAAACGACCGGUCACUUCCACUAGCGAAUUUAUUGUGCCUGCGGAGGUCGGACGGGAGCAAGCUGUGCGAAUCGAUUACGUGCUAGCGAGCGUGUCGCCCUUGCAGUUCACCGCUAUGUCCCGAGACCACAAAGAUAUUGAGAUAGAUCCGUCCACGGAUGGAUUCGGAGGUAGAAGCGAUGCUGGGAAGAUCAGGAGUGUCAAAGAAGGCAGCGGAGUGUGGACAGUGAAAUUGGCGAAAGUGGGUAUGGUGGAUCGGCAUCCCGUGCUAGGCUGCUCGUUGAGCGACCAUUUCAGCGUCGAGACGACUUUGGCCUUCCGGCAAGUAGAACAAGGAGGCCCAGAAAGGCAGGAUUUGCUGGAUGAGCCCAGUGGCUCAGUCUUAAUCACCUCCAUAGAACCGGAGGAAGCGAUGGGUAGCAAGACUCGUGUCCAAACACUCCAAGGGGUGGCGGCGGACGUCACUUCAACGCCGGGUGGGACCUUCGGUGAGCUAGAUGAUGUUGGGCUUCUCGACGAGAUUCUUCACGUUCUUAACGAUUUUGACAAGAUAAGGAGAUGGCAGGCUCGGUGGCGAAGAGUUAGGUUAGGUGUUGCGAGCACUGUGUUAGCAGGGUCACUGGUAGGAGUCUGGGUAGUCAACGCACCUGGUUGGGCUCGUUUUCUGCUUGCUCUCGCUGGGGCUUUAGCAUCAGCAUUCGUUGCUCUUGAUAUCUGGGCUCGCCUAUCUCUUACUUCGGCCGAGACGGCGGCGCUGGGGGAAUUGGAAUGGGAAGUGAGAAACGUUAAAAGGAGCCAGGGGGUAAGGGGUUGACGAUACCUCCUAGGAGACCGGAUCUAUGUGGAUCCGGAACUUGACAAUUUGUUCCCUGGAUGACUCACUAUAGUGCUGCCUAGACCGUUAGAUACCUUAUAUAUUCUGAUUACAACUCAAUUUUUCAAGCGCCACUCGAAGGUGCAAUGUGGUGCAACGGUCUUGAUGUGUGGGGUGGGUUCAGGGGGCUCUCUAAAGGUCGAGGUUCGAGUGGCACUCCGAGCAAUAAAGUCAAGAAGUUGCAU